UGGCACGUCACAGCCGCGUCAUCAUGUCUCCGUGUCUGCUUUUAUCAUUGGGGAAUUAAAUUUGUUGAACAUUAUCAAACCUUAUCGGCACCUUCAUAUGUGAACUAUUAAUUUUAGAGUAUAUAUUAAUAGUUGUCUAAGAUGGAACUGUUGACGCAAGUGUCUAAUACCCAGUUUCUUUUCCCCGUUGCGGCAGUAGCUGUUGUUUUAGUAUGCGCAGCUCUAGUAUUUGUCUUCGGAUUCCACUCCGCGGAACAGCCACAGUUUGAUAAGCUGCCCCUAGUUGUAGACGAUAGGAAAUCAUCAAACAAGAAGAGAAAAACCAAGGACAAGAAGUCUUCUCCCAACCGUUCUUCGAAUGAGGAUGCGAAGGCCAAGUCUGAGAGCACUAAGAAAUCUCCCACCAAGGAGAAAGUGAAAGAAGCGGAGAAACCUAAGCCCAAGGAGAGGCAGGAGCCUAAACCUGUGAAGAAGGCGUCCAAGGACGAUGCUAAGAAAGGCAAAGGGAGGAAGCAACCUGUGGAGCUCGAGAAGCCGGCGGACUUUGAUGAGGGGGUGUGGGAGGAGGUGCCGAAGAAGGAGAAGAAGAAGGUGAAGAGCCCCGAGGAAAAGAAGAAGGACAAUCAUGAGAGCCCGGCCAAGAAGAACAAGAAGGUGGUGAAGGAUGCUGACGUGGAAGCAGCGCGUUCCUCCGAGGAGCCCGCGGAAGAGACCAUCAAAGUCAUCAGUGCUGUUGGCCCUGAGGUGGACGAAGAUGCUGCCCGUGCUCUGCAAGCCCAAGUGGAAGAAUUCCAACGCGUCUUGAAGGAGGCUGAACGCCGUGAGCAGGCCGCUCUUGGUGGUGGAGAUGAUGAAAAUGAACCUGAAGUUGAGGAAAUUCAAGAUGUCAAGGAUCUGAGGAGCAACAAGAAGAAGGAAAACAAGGAGAAGCAGAUUAAGAAGAAGGCUACUGAGAAUGCUGCCAUUGCAAAGAAUGCACCAAAGCCUGAGCCUGACAACACUGAAUCAUCGGACAAACAAGAUGACAAGCAAAAUGUGCCCGUGUUUGAUGAGCUCGGAGACACUUGGAUCGAUGCUUCUAAGACAUCCAAAAAGAGCAAGAAAAAGGCACGCAAGGACCAGUGAGGGGUGAGUGGUGGAAACAGGGUUUACUCGGGCGCUAUGCCCUGUUCUAGCUCAAUGCCAAUCACACCGCUGAUAAAAUUACCACAUAAAAAUUAAAAAAAAUAUUGUGACAAAACUUAUUCAAAGAUUAAAUUGACAAUUAUUAAUUUAAUUUCAGGGUUGUAAUUUUACAGGGUGUGCAUAUCUAUGUUAUUUCCUUACUGUUCUUACACAUUCAGUCAAUUUACGUCCAUGUUUUUUAGUUUCAUAUUUUAUUUUGUAUCUAGCUAAUGUUGACGUGUUUUUUUUCUUUAUAAUUUAAUUAUUGUUUACAUUAAAGCAUAAUAAGUUUUGUUUUUAGUAUGCAUUAUAUGAGUCAUAAUUUUGUAAUGUGUUCGAAGAACGAUUAGUGACCUUUUGGGAAUCUGCAAUAUGUUUUAAGUGGUAAACUUUGUUAUUAUAUGAAUAGAGGAGCAAUAUUCAUGGGAUUAAUAAUAGUUAAGUUUUAUUUUAUGUAUAUCUGUACCUUGUAGACAUUUUGCUCCUAGUUAGAACUUAACCCAUAUUAUUAAUCAUGAUCUUCUGGUGCUUAUAGUAGUAAGUCUCCUUCCAUUCCAUAAGUGUGCAUUUCCUUUCUCCUUUAUCUCAUUCAACAUAUUCCAUCUAUGAUAUUCUAUUUAUUCCUAUUGGUUUGCUCAUUUUUACAUGUACAAAACUGAAGAAUAGAUUUGUUUUUGAAAUAAACUUAUUGACCCAUGACAAAAAAUGUGAUGUGACCUGAAAUUGGACCAAUAUUUAUGGAGUGUCAUCAUUACUACCCUUAUUUUUAUUAAAAAAAGUAAUGGUUUGUACACAGGUUCAUACUAUAUCCUUGCUGUGUUGUAGCAAAUGAUUGCAAUUACUUCUCACUGGAUUAGUGAUAUGGACUCCCUCCGUCCAGACACAGUUGUUUAGUUCUUUUUCCACACAAACAUAUCUUGGUUCCUUGGGUGAUAGUAUGUGUAUGUAUAAUCUAUAUUCUUCAAAUUAUCGACAUUGAUAUUUGAGAUGCAAGCAAGAGCGUUAAUAUUUUAUUGCAGAUUCCUAUUUUGUAUACCUAGUUUUAAGAAUAAGUAAUAAAAGGUUUAGAAUAGUACCGACAUCAUUCUGUAUAAAACCAACUAAAAUUCGAAAUGUCUCUGAAUGCGUAUAAUUAAUUUAUUAUGUAAUGAAUGAUAGGUUAAGAUUGAGAGCUUCUACAUUAAACAAAUUUGAUUUUUAAAAUUGAAAGAGAGGAUCCAAUACAAAUUAUAUUUAAUCAUCGGCUGUGCAAUAUUUCAUUAAAACUGUUAUUUUUAUUUUUGUAUUAAUAAAAUCAGCCAUACAAAGUUGUGCAUAAAACUGUUGUUGUAACAGUUUUUGGGCUUCAUACACACAUCGCUGACUUCACGAAACCUCAUGAUCCGCGGCAUUCACGAUGCGUCAUAGUUCUAUAGCAAAUUUUGUUUAGCUUGCGCUAACAAUAAUAAUAUUUGAGAGUUCUAGACGUUUGUAUUUGAAUAACUAUCUCAUACCUAUAGAUGCCUUCACGGUACAUAAAUGGCAGAGCUACGGAUGCAGCUAAGUGGUAUGUGUGUCGAUAGAACCUCCUUCCACUAUCUCUAUGUAAGAUCUUAGUUCUUGUUAUUACUAUCUAAUAACUAUUCAUUUUUUUAUUUAUUAUAACCAUUCAUAAUAAUAUCUUGUGAUAUUUGUUAUUUUUGCUGUGGGAGAGUUGUUUCAUUAUUUCCAUUUCCUUAAAUUCAUAAUAUUCCCUAGGGAUUUCAUAGUUACGUUUUGUUGUUAUCGCUAAAUUCUAAGAGAUAUAAAUAUUUAUUAUUUACUAUUUUAUUGCGUUCCCUGCAGUAUCCUGUAUUUUAGUUUGAAACAGUACUUAGGGCCUAAAGAUUUUUAAAUGAUUAUCUUUUAGUGACGCUAAGAGGUGAAUUAAAUUCGUAUAUCAAUAAAUAGGUACUAACUAACUAAAUGUAAAAAUAUUUUUGGCUUCAUAUUGUUA